AGCAGAGGUGGGGGUGGGAUUGAGUCAGUUGGCAGGGCGAUGAUAAUUAUUGGCAACUCACCACCGCUCAGUGAUAACGUGAUAGUGAAUUGGUUAAAUGGCUCUAAGGUUUCUCCAAGUAUGGCGUCAUUUCACACACCCGUAACGUUGUAGCCUUUUAUAACAUGCAAGACCAAUUAAAGUUACUCCCUUGUUCAGAAACGCCUUCCCCUCUCACCACGACAAUAUUCCAAGGCCACAGAGACACCUAGCUGGGUUUUCAAGACAGUUAAUUUCUCCUUCUAAUAAACUGGAAAUCAUGCCAAUCUAUCACCAGAACUAUACUCUUAAAAUAUAUUGUGGUGAGAGAGAGCAAGACGCGUCUGAAUACGAAACCCAAUUUUACGAUACGUAGCUUCAGAAUAGAGAGCACCGCGUCUGGCAACACUAAACAAGACGAGAACGAGACAGGAAAGAAAAUACGUGCUGCUCUUCGCUCUCUUAUCUCUAUCUGGUCCAUUUGUUACUGUGCGGAGUGGAGAGGUGGUGGUGGUGAUGGUGGUUUAGUGUGGUGCUCUGGUGGCAAGGAAAGCAACCAUGACUGAGCUGACCUGCCUAGUGUGUCUCAUCCCAUAUGAUGCUGAGGACCACCGGCCACUGCUGCUGCCCGCCUGUGGCCAUACCUUCUGUGCCGUCUGCCUGGGGUAUCUGCACGGCCAGGGCAAUACAUCCUGUCCCAAGUGCCGGAAGGAUGGGGCGGUGCAGCCAGUCUCCUCCCUGCCGGUGAACUACAGUCUGCUGGAGAUUGCUGAGGACAGUGCAUGCAAGACUAGUGACGUUGCAGAACCAAACUCUGCAAAUUCUAGAGCAGCAGGUGCAUCAAAACCCAAAAAGCCAACACCAAACUCAAAUUCUUUUUGUCUCAAUACAAUUGCAAAUCCUUUUGGAAUAGCAGGUGCAUCAAGACACCAACAGCCAACACCACACUCAGGUCUCAAUGGUAUAUAUCCUUUUGAAGCAGCAGAUGCAUCAACACCAAUCACAUAUCAGAAUUGUUAUCAAAUGCCGUUGAUAAAUCCUUUUGGAAUAGCAAGUGUAUCAAGACCUCAAGCACUAACACCAUACAACUAUCAGGGCUCUGAUUUUCUCCAUUGGUCACCCAUCCGAUCUGUUCCGCCGGUACUGUCAGGUGGCAGCUCACAGCUUGCUCCACAAGAAGCAUCAAACUCUUCCAGUCCUCCCAGACCAACAGGUUCACUAUCUCCCAUAGAAAGCUUCCUUGCAAGCCCUGACAAUCACCCUAGUUCAGCACCUUCAAGCCCCUCAAUCCAUCAGAAUCAAGUGAGGAAAGACCAGUUGCUGCAGAACUUACUAGGUUUUCAUCCCAGCGUCUCACAAGCUGCCUCCCAACAAGUAGCCAGAGCUAUUUUUAAGAAGUCCUUAACAAAAACCCUACGCAGGAACAACACUGCCUCACCUCCGCCAGCAAGAACCCAGGACGACCAAAACUCUGCAAGUGCCAUCUUCACAGCACAGGAGAAGGAGCAGCAGGAUGAACUGGACUUCCAGAUGGCUGUCCACCUCACAUUCUGCAAGGACCGCAGCCAUGAUCGUGACCUCCACAACAGGUGCUCUUCAUGGCGCUUGCAGAAUCUUUGAGGAAGGGUGUUGCAUAAUAGAGGUUGCUCCACAACACAGCAGCGGCUGCCUUGAGUGAUGGUGGGAGGAUGGUGCAGGUGUGGCACAGUGGAAUCAAUGUCCUUAACGAGAGGCAACAUGAGGCUAUCCUAACCCUCUGCUGCUGUGGCCCAGUGCCUCCCCAUGACUGGCCAGGCAUGCAAGUGAAGCAGAAUACUAAUGCUUAGUUCCUUGUAUUUUCCCCACAGUAGCUGAUAGUAACCCUUUGACUGCAGUUCACAGUUUGACACUCUUUACUUAAUUGGUGCAAAUACUGGCGAUCUGAUUGACCAAAGAUAAAAAACUAGUCACUAAUGAUUUGAACCACUGUCACAGUCACCUCUCUUUUUAGAAGUGUGUCUUUGGAAGUUACUUGCACCAGAAAAUUUCAUUAAGCUGAGGAGAAGGCAAAGAAACAGUAGCAUUCAAAGACUAGUAGCUCACAGUGACUUCUUCCAUCAAACUAACAGGCUUCACAAAUGUUACUUGAAUUUGUAAGUGAAGGUAAUGCAUUAGAAUUUGGGGAAAAUUGUUGUAUGUACAAUGGUCACAAAAGUACAAACACUGUGCCUUAUGUCUGCUUCAGAGACAGAGCAUUCCCACCCUUCCACUCCUAUUUGGCACUACAUUGCUGAAUUGCUAACCACUAUGAGAAAGUUUCUUUGUUCUGUAACCACCUAAACAUUUUACGGGCUAGAAAUUGCAAUAUAUUAUCUUUUUUAAUCCCCUUCAUUCUUGUAGAUGCUUAUAAAAAUUCCCAACAUUACCUGUAUGGGAGUGCUAGUCAUCCAGUCACACAGUCAUGGAGGAGCCAAACUAGAGGCAGUGUGGAAGUGGCUGUAGUUGUUCCCCAUUAGAGUAGUGCAGUGCUGUUCACAUUCACCAUCUGAUUGUGAAGUCCACACCUGGAAAUAUGUAGCAUUUAUUCAAGAUACGAUAACUGAGCUGUUUUAGAGGAUCCAUAUAUUCUCUCUCUCUCUCUCUCUCUCUCUCUCUCUCUCUCUCUCUCUCUCUCUCUCUCUCUCUCUCUCUCUCUCUCUCUCUCUCUCUCUCUCUCUCUCUCUCUCUCUCUCUCUCUCUCUCUCAACGCACUGGGUAUGAGGAGCAUGUAGCAUGUUAUCCUCUGCAGCACUCUACAUGGUCCUGCCAGUUCUCAGCAUACAGGUAGUAAUCAUUCAAGUAAAUCAUCCACGAUCACAUUUUCUGUCUUUAUUAGUAGCACUAUAUACUAAUGUAAUAUCUUCAGUCACCGUAGUUUUCUCAAAAUCCAAAAGAAAAAUAGCAAAGCAAUGUUAAUAUCCACAGUGUGUAUGUACUGCUUCCUCUUCCUUCAUGGGCAUCCCCAAAGAAAGUACACAAAGGAAAGUCUCCUCUGCUUGUUCCUUUGCAUUCUUUCAUAGAUUGGUACAAGCCUCACCUGUCACUUUGCUUCCUCUACUACUGGGUGGACAGCUGAGUCAUGCUGCUGGCUGACAUGGCCAUGGUUAGGUCGACAUCUUUAUCUUAUGACUCCACAUGUACUGUAUCUGGUUCAGGUCCUGAUGUAAUUGGUUUGGAUAUUGCCGAGUCUGGUUAUUGAAUGUUCAAGUGUUGUUGGAGGGAUUACUGUACUGUGCUCCUUUUCCCUCAUGGUUUCCUCCUCAUGUACUUUGCAUCAUUUAGUUUCAUCUAUUUUCUGAUCUUAUAUUUUUGGACAUACAGUAAUGCUGACUCACAAGUUAGUGAUAAGGGACUUUACUAAUAGUAUUUGGUUCCUAUGGCUACCAUUCUCAAGUGGCUGUUGUGCUUAAUAUUCCACAUGGGUAUUGAAAUUUGUUUCCCCAUCAGUGUGGAAUAUUUUAACUUAAUAACUUUGAGGAAGGUUUUUUUCCCCCAUCCCCAAAAUCCAAGUCAUUUUUCAAACUUAAAUGAGUUAUAUUUCAGGAAUUAUUAUAUUCUGUGUCGCUUUCAAGAAAAACAUUAGCAAUAUCUUAUCUGCUUGUGAUUUAUGCAGUGAAAACCCUUUUUUUUUUUUUUUUUUAAUCUUGUAAAGAACAUAAGAACAUAAGGGAAGCUGCAAGAGGCCAUCAGACCUACAGAUAAACAUACCUACCACCUAUUUCCACUUAUCAUCCCCUUCCAUUUAUUUGUCUUGUCUCCUUUCAAGGCUCCUAAAAUAGUAAUUAAGUUUGACAUUUAUAUGACAGCACAGCAGCCACUGGGGCUGUACUGGGAGUGUGAUGUCAUGUAGUCUCCCUUGUACCUACUCUAUACUCAACUCUUGUAUGAGAUAAUAAUAACAAUAUUAUUAUUAUUAUUAUUAUUAUUAUUAUUAUUAUUAUUAUUAUUAUUAUUAUUAUUAUUAUUAUCAUCAUUAUUGAAAAUUUUUGUUAGUGGAAUUUCACAAUUUCAGGACAGUAUUUUUUUUUUUUUUUUUUUUUUUUCCCACUCCUCCCUCCCUAACCUCGCCCCCCCCAAAAAAAGUGGAUUUAUUAUGAAGUAAACUAUCUGUAUACCAGACUGAGGUUCCCUCUUACCGAGUGUGUAACCAAGACAAGUAUGGAAGUCAAAUGCAGAGGCAGGUGUUGGCAGUCCCCUGAAGGCUGCGUGCCUCUUGUUGAAGCACAUGGAGCACAGUGGCAGUGUUCAGUCUUGGUGCAGGGAGUGGCUGGGCCAGCAUACCCUGCUACCAAAAAUAGAAGUAACAGAUCAAUACAUAACUUGACAGAAUUAGUAGGUUAAUCUUUAUAAACACUAAUAGAAUAACAAUACUGAAGGGUGUGGUGACCAGUGGCUCACAGCCAACUGUGCUUUGGUCAGUUUUCUUCAAUCACCACAUUUUUUGCUUGAAUUGUACAAGUAGUUCAGAGAUAAAAUUUAAUAAUCAUAUUGACAAGUUAAAACUUGAGAAGUAGGUGAGAUGUAAUUACCGUAAGCAUUUUAGUCCUUUGUAUUCCCUGAAGGAACUCGGAACUAUUGCCACCAAAAUCCACUUUGAAAUUCAACAACCUCAAAAGGGAAGUCAGACAUGACCUAGACAUGUUCAGAAUUUCCACACUGGCAAAAACUUGUGCCUGAUUGCUACGUGUUGGGGAAAAAAAAAAGCACAUAAUAACCACAGUUGGCCUUGUCUGCCCAAAAGAAAAAAAAAAUCUUUACUUUGACUUGGUAAUAAGAAGUGUGACUUGUGAAAUCCUACUAACAAAAUUAUAUUUCAUAAGUUUGUAUAAAUUGAUCUCUUAAGUAUUGCCUAUGUAUCAGUGCUGUUAUGAAAUCCACAAAUGACCACA